GACACAGACAUGCAACACGGUUCAUCAUAUCAUUCCGAGAGUAACGAUAACCGAUAAGAGGUUGCAUGGUGCUGCAUAUCAAACGAUAAGAAAGAGGCGCGGUUUCAUCAUGGAGAGUCAAUCAUCAAACCCGGGACCAGUUACGAUAGGCAUCUGUACAUCAGCGUUGAAGUCCAACAUCGAGGCUUUUAUAAAUAAAGUCAAAAGUCUCCCCAAUGUAGCAGUUAAAUUUAUUCAGCUACCAUACAAUGAUUUAGACAGUUUUCGGCUUUCAAGUGAAGGACUGGAUGGUGUGAUAGUAUGUCAUUCUAUCAACAAUCGUCGUUUUGCAAUCACAGACGUCAUGGAUGCACUCUAUGACAAGUUCUUGCCUCAUGUCAAACAAGUAUUUGGAAAGGAUAACGUUUGUGUUAUUGCACACGACUUUCAUUGGCCCAUGGGAUCGGGACGGGAUGGCCAUACCAAGGUCAAAGGAGCAUACAUGGAUACCUUCCGAUACAAACAAUUCACGACAUUUGAGUGCGCCAAACUGGCCAUCAUCUGCGGUAGACUAGACAAAGGGAUAGAAAUGGAUGAAGAAGAUUUUAAGAAGACUGAAGACUUCGUGUAUCAGUGUGGAAAGCGAAAGCCAUAUAUCAGUAUCCCAAAUAUGGACUUGACACCGAUGGGUGGAAAAUGUGCAUGGCGUUCCAAUUGGGGGCGAUUUAGAAAGGUUUCUGCAUGCCUGAGUGUCAUUGGUUACUUCUGUUGGUCUUACUUCUUGAAAACCAUAGUCCUACAUAAUGAACGUAUGUUAAUGGUCAAUUAUAACGGUAACUUCUUCUACUGCAUGGCAGGUUAAAAUUUAACACACAUUUCAUAGUGUGUAUCUCACAUCCUACAAAAUAAUGAUGGUAGUUUGCAUUUCAUAGAGUUAAUAAAGCGAUAUUAACUUUCAUGCAACCACAUUGAUUUUGUUACGCUUCAGCGAGCAAAAAAUGUGUUGGCAACUGAUAUUACGCAAAAAGGAACAGCAACUUUAGGGUGUUCAGUAAAAUUGAAAUAUCUCAUGUUCCUGAGUGGAUAGAGCGAUUAUUUGAAUAUGUAAAUAUGCGUUCGUUACUGGAUUAAGAUGUGUCAAAAUAUUAAAUAAUUUGUUACUGUCUUUUGGGGGCUAUGAUAAUUUUUCCACGACCAUGCUGGUAACUGACAUUACGUAACUAACAUUACUCACAAAUUUACCAUAGAGAUAACACGUGGAAGUAAAAUAUGUGGAAUCAUUGCAUAAAUCUUCUGUCCAAGGCUUCACCUGAAAGUGUGUUUGAUAUGGCAGUAAAGCUGAGUUCCUGGGACAUUUAAAUUAAAAAAGCCCGGUUUUUCUAAAUUCUUUUUCUUUACUUUAAACAUCUUAUUAUGUAGGUAACUGAAACUAAAUGUACAUGUACUACAUUUAAGGCUUAAAAUAUCAUAAUAAUUUACGUCAAAUAAUCAGAAGAAGAAAUGCUUACAUACUCGGGGGGGGGGGGGCAUAGCAGCUACAUGUAUAUAUUCCGAUAGUUAUUUGAUAUUGCAUGGUAGUUACACAUAGAUUUCUCUGAUCAUGCGCCCAAUUUUUAUAUUCGUCAGUUUUAUAUUGAUUUUUUUUUACCUUUUCCUUCUUCAACUCCCAAGAAAUGACAGAAAUGAAUUAAGGCCUGUAUCCUCUCCUACCCCUCUCCCGAAUUUCAUGUAACUACAGUUUUAUUGACUUUCUAAUCAGGUCAGUGCAAGCAAUGCUUGUUCAUAUCUGUCAGAUUUCAAUUUUCUUCAUAUUUCAUUUAAUCAAUAUCUUUGCUUAUUUGUUUUUUUAAGCUGUCAAUAAAAAUAAACUCCAAUUUCAAAAAUAAAACUGUGAACUAUAUGUGUAUCAGAUCCAUGCAACAUUGAUCAGAGCUGUCCAAAUUUAUAUUUUCAUCUUUAUUUGUACACCAAAAACAAAAUCUUAUCACACAACUGAAACUAUUAACAGGUAUACAGGGGGAAAUUAUAAGAGGGUUGGGGAGAUUUAGCUCCGAAAUGCUCAAAUGAACCCUAGAAAUUAACUUAAGGGGCCCUGAAAACCAUCCUUCAUUGCACCGUUUUAAACUUAUAGUUGCAGACUUUUUUAAGCAGUAAAUUGAGAAAAGUAGCCCCCGAAAGUAAUUUUUUUUUUUUACCUGAUACAAACAAUUAUGUACUUGGCAUGUACAUUAUAUUAUGUAAACUAAUUUCAUAAUAUUGAUUUUUGGCCCAAUAGGAAUGCAACUUACUUCAUAAUUUCAUAUAACACAAUUUACAAUAACUGUAGCACAGUAUUCCAUGUGACCUACAUACUUUUUAAAGGUCAAUAGCAAGCUCCUACUGGUGGGAUUUAACUAAGUGAAAGACUAUUAACAAGUAAAUAUUAUUUUUUUUCGCAACGAAAUUGACCACAUUUGCAUUUCCCUAUUAAUUGAUAACCAUCGUUUUAUCAUGGUAACUGACAUUACACCUCGGUAACUGACGUUACACAUAUUUAAUGGUACCCUAUGAAGUGAUUGUAACUUGCCUAUCUUAAAUUUUGGUGUAGAAGGAAGGGGUGUUACCUAAGGAGGAAUUCUAUCAGGUUUCAUGUAAUAUAAGCUCUUUUCUGGCGAAUGAGAACAAAAAAGUUCAUGUUUUUGGUAACUAACAUUACAUACAAUAUCAUAAUUAUACUUCAUCAAUAUUUUUUAUUAGAUAAAUUAAUUACUGGUGAUUCUUUCUAUGGGACUUUAUAACGUAUUAUAAUAGUAAGCUAAAUCACAGGGAGAAUCACACUUGUUCUACAAAAACAGUCAGUCAAAAGAAAACAUGUGUCUUUCAACACUAUACUUUGGCGGCCAUUUUAAAAUCCAAAAUAGCCGCCAGAAUCGAAAAAAAUUGUCCCAUUAAAUAAAGCAUGAAGCAUUUGACUCGAA